AUGGCAUCCGGCUCCACCGGCGAUGCGGACAUCCAGCCUCACGUCCACCCGGUUGUUCGCAACGCUCUCCGCAUUUCUCUGAGCGCCAAGGAAUACAAGACGCUGCACCAACUUGUGGCCCAACGCGCUCCUUCAUUCCAGUCUAAACUGCCAUCACCAUCGCACUACGAAACCAUCGUCCGAUCUAAAAACAAACACAAUGUGGCGGCCUUUCGCACGUCUGUGCGCGUCUUCCUACUCUCGGGAGCAUCGUUGAAGCUUGUGGACCUGGUUGCUCGCAGAAUCCGGGGAGAGCUCUCGAGCUCUAAAAAGGAACCUCGUGUCUCGCUUUUUCGCUCCCCUAACUUCCGACUCUCCCUCGCUCUUUCUCUAGUGCUCCUCCUGCACCGGCUCCUCCAUCGCUUCUUUGUUCGCCUACGCGCAAACCUCCGCACCGAGGAGGCCGAGCCGUUCCGCAAAAGGAACCCGCGCAUUUCCAGUGCUCUGACUUCACGAUAUGCGCCCGCCGUCGGCGCCAGUUUGGCGGGGUUUGCGCUGGGCAUCUGCCCCCAAAAGCAGCUCCGGAUGACGGCCGCCAUCUACACAACGACCCGGAGUUUGGAGUUCCUUUUCAAUGUGGUUAAUGAGAAAGGCUGGAUCGAGAAUCGGCCCUGGUGGUUUGGAAGCUGGCUGUUAAUGCCUCUGUCUUGCGCUCAGCUGUUCCACGCGUUUGUUUUCGACCGAGAAACCACGCCCAAGUGGCUCGGAAACGUUAUCAUGAGGCUCUCUCCCGCCUACAUCCAUGGUCGACCGGAGACUCUGCCUGCCAAUGUCCCUUGGCCUGAGAAGGAAGCCAUAGUGGACUCGCUCGCCACUGUUGCGAAGCUGCGAUGGCCAGCAUUCAUCUCGCCUAUUCUUCAUCCAGCGGAUCCCUACACGUUACCAUCUACGGUCAAAACCAUAUCCCCCAUUACUGGACCUGCGCAUCCGUCCAUUUCCAGUCUGUCAUGCGCUCUGCUUCAUCCCGGCUGCCCGAGCUGCGGCACGACGUUUCUGCACCACCUUCUUCUUUCCGUUCCACCUCUAGCCCGAUUUAUAACCACGGUGACCUUGGCGCUGUCGGCACUGAAGCUUAAGAGUUUCGUCACCCAGCCCAUUACCUCAAUUAACAAUCUCUCGAAGCGGAUCAUUGCAUUGACGACCAUUCUUUCUGCCUCGGUCGGCUCUGCGUGGGGAAGCAUCUGCCUCUGGAACUCCAUCCUCCCACGGUCCGUUCUUCCGACGCAACGAUUCUUCCUGAGCGGAGCAGUGGCCGGUGUACCAUUUGCGUUCCUUAGCAGCAGCCGUAACAUCUUCCUGUACUUUUUCCGCGCGGCCGUGGACUCGGCGUGGAAGUCGGGGGUCAAGCGCGGGCUCUGGAAGGGGUGGAAUGGCGGGGAUAUAUCCGUCCUGGUGAUCACCUGGGCUCUCAUGGGGUCGAUCUUGGAAGCUCGACCCUCUGCGGUGCAAGGAAAGGGAGUGCGGAAAGCAUUGGCCUGGAUGAGAGGGGAUGGAUACGUAGACCCGGCGGAUGCUGCUGCCAAACGGAAGCACAAGAAGACGGCUGCACAGAAGAAUGAGGAUGAAUCUUGA